GCUGUGACGCGGGCCAUGGGCGGGCUCAGACCAAGUCGGACGACGGUUAGUGCGCGUGGUGAGACGACGAGCGCGGACCGAGGAGACAUGGCGGCUGAUAAAUACCUACCCGAGCUGAUGGCCGAGAGGGACAGCCUGGACCCCUCCUUCGUGCACGGCUCUCGGCUGCUGUCGGCAGAAAUUGAAAAGGUUCAGAAGGGAGAGAAAAAAGAAGAUGAAAAGAGAUUCCUUGAUGUUCUGACACAGAAAAACAUCAAGCUUUCUGAGCGAUGCCUGAUACCAGUUGCACAGUUCCCAAAGUUCAACUUUGUAGGGAAACUACUUGGACCAAGAGGAAAUUCAUUGAAGCGGUUACAGGAGGACACUGGCACAAAAAUGUCCAUCCUUGGGAAAGGCUCAAUGAGAGAUAAGGCCAAGGAAGAUGAGCUCCGUAAAGGAGGAGAAGCUAAGUAUGCACACUUGAACAGUGAUCUGCACGUUCUUGUUGAAGUCUUUGCACCUCCAACUGAAGCCUAUUCACGAAUGUACCAUGCUAUGGAGGAGCUGAAAAAAUUUCUCAUACCCGACUACAAUGAUGAAAUAAGGCAGGAGCAGCUAACUGAGCUGGCAUACUUGAAUGGCGGACAAGAUGCAUCCCGUGGGAGAGCUGUACGUGCCCGAGGCGCUCCACCUGUACCACUUGCAAGUGUGUUUCUUGGUAGGGGCCGUGGUGUCGCACCACCUCCUCCUUCCCCGCAGUACGGACCACGAGGUGCAAUGACGCGUGGAGCAGCAGUGAGAGGAGCACCAGGAGGCCGCAGAGAAGUGACAACUGGGCGUGGUGCCACCCCAGCACAGAGGGGUGCCCCAGCACCUCGUACUCGAGGGACACCUGCGGUGUACAGACAACCACUGCACCCACCGCCUGCUCAAGACAGCUAUGAUGAAUAUGGCUAUGAUGAUGGCUAUUCAGAGCAAAAUUAUGAUAGUUACGAAAACUAUUAUGAUCAAGCCCAGGGCGACGCUGAAUAUUUUGACUAUGGACAUGGUGAAGUGCAGGACACAUAUGAUGAUUAUGGUCAGGAGGAAUGGAAUGCAGGACGAACAAGCAGGAAGGCACCAGCAAGGCCACUGAAGGGAAUGUACAGAGAACAUCCCUAUGGGCGAUACUAAGACCAGCCUCCUACCAUGUGUGCGUCCUUAUAAAUUGCUUCAGUCUUCUGUGGUCACCAUCUUGUUAUCAACUGUGAGACAAGUAAUAGUCCAUUUGUUUUCUACUCUGGAAAUUUAUUGGGUGGACUGAUUUAUGUACAUGUUUAGAUAAUUAAAAUCCAUGAUAGUGCAACUCUGGCAUGAUUGUUUCAAUAAAUUAGUGAGCAGUGAGUUCUAGCUGAAUCCAAAUGAUUAGAAUGCUUUGUUUUUGUUUUUAUACUGUUGGCGCAUCUGUCAAUUUACAUGUACAUGUAAAGAUGGCUUUUAUUUGCCAUUUGAAUUUCAUUCUGCUGUGUAGGUUUUUUUAGGCCUGUUUACUUAGACAUUUCUGUUGAUUCAGUUUAGACAAUGUUUUAACUGAUCUUUGGAGUUGCAGAAUCCCAUUGGAUUAUAUAAGCUGCAUUUCAAACCUGUCAAAUCAAAUCUUCGCCACAUUCCAUUCACCUUCUGUCUCCCUGCAGAAUUAUACAUAUUAAUGAAGCUUUGCCAGUCUCUUUGCUACAAUCUAUUCUUAGUGGAUUUAUGCAGGCCCCAAAUACUAUUUUAAGCCUAAUUAGUGUUUCAGUGUCAGAUAAAGGACCUCUUAACCAAGAGUGCAAAUCUUUAGGAUUUUUAUAAAGGGAUGUUGUGUACAAUUGAUCUUGAUUUCUCUUUUUUCCAAAGACCCUCCCAAGGUUGACAUGUUAACGAUCCAUUGGAAUUCCCCAAGGCAACAUUUUCACUUCUGGUGGAAGGGAAAUAUAUUGUCAAUGUAAAUAAUUUUUUAAAUUUUGCUUCCAGCUUGCAGAAAGCUUGGUUGCAUUCCUUGCUCAUUAUAAAUGGGAUUGUUCAGUAUAUGCCAGCUUGGCCUCUUGGAGUAGAAUGCCAUCUUGGUUUUUUGGUAUGGGUUGAUUAUGGCAAGUACAUAAAUGUGUACUUGAAAUUGCAAUUUAUUCUCAAACAGAGUCUGUCAGUCAUUCAGCUCCCAGUGUCUGCUGUCAGCUCUUAUGUUCCUUAGCAUUUUAUUUAAAUUUGGGUUACUGGAUGAGGAGCUUCAGUAAUGUAAUUGUCAGCCCUGCCAGGAAACCUUGCAAAAACUGCAGUAAUUUCAGCUGGUGGGAGUAGGGAGAUCUUUUCUUUCUUCCCCAGCUGAUCUUCCAUGAACUUGAGGUUACUUGACUUCAGAAGCAGUUAUGCAUGUUUCCACAGUAUAUACUGAACAUUAGUGAUGUCAAAGGAAAAAUUUUGAAGGACUUUUGACACCAUUAUAUUUACUUGUGGAUAGGUUUUGGGCAUGUGCUUCAGGGUUUUUAUGUUGAAGCAGUGUUUAGUUGGAUCUGUAGCAACUUGCAUUUCAUAGAGGGUGUCUAUCAUUUUGUACAAAAAGUGUCAAGUGUUUGGGUAGCUGGGAUCUUUAUAUUCAAGCAUUUUUAGUAACUUAAGAGUUGAACAUUUACCUAAAUUUUAUGGUCCAUCAUGUCAGAAAUAAUUCUGAAAGCUAGUGGAUUUUCUUCAUUCCAUUCCCCAUUCUCCAUCAUUACUACUUUUUCCAUUUCCCUCUGUGCUUAUGGCGAUCUUCAAGAGGGCCUUUCUGCUAAUGUAAAAAGGGAUGUUGCAGCUAAACUUGAGUUCAUGUGUGUAGUUGGAAGUUUAUAGCCACAAUUGUCUGUUAUCUUUAAUCUGUGCCUGGACAUAAAUAUGCAUUACACUCCUUGUGUGAGCCUGCCUAAAUAGGUAGCUAAACAUUUGUCAGACACACUUGCAGCAGUUUGUCAAUAAAGUUCAAUUCUUUUGUAUAGAACUAAACCGAAUUCCCUCUCUUCCUUAGAAAUAAAACUUUUUUUUCCUGCAGUACAAUAAACACUUUCACUAUAAAUUUAAAGACCUUGUUGUUCUAAUGAUUUCAUUUUACCAAAAAAAAUAGUUUGGUUAAAGUCCUUGGAUUGAGUUGAAAGUUAAAAGAAAACCGGUUAAACCUGUUGCAUGUAUUUUGGUUAAUAUGUACAGAAACGGUGAAAUAAACACACAAAUGGUUUCAUCUUGCUAAAAUAAA